AUGCCCAAGCCCGUCGUCUUCGCUCCCAAGCCUGCCAUUGCUAAGCUCCCGCUUGCCGUUCGCAAAGACAUUCGCGAUAACUUCGAUGCCAACAUGGACGACUUCAAGGCCCGCAUCAAGGCCAAGCUUGGGGUUGACUAUACUAUCAACAUCAAUGCCGCCGAAGUUUGGGCUUACGCGUCUGAGGGCGAUACAUCCGCUGGCACUUGCUUCAAAGGGCGAGUUUUUACUAGGUUUCAGUUGUCCCUGGAUCUCAUCGCUUCCAGAUACAUUGAAGGCUUCAUCUCCGGUAUCGAGUCCUUCAUCAGCAAGUACGAGGACAACGGGAAAACCUACUUCAACGAAGCUGUAACGCAGGCCGAAAUCACACUCACCGUCAACAUUCUCGGCGACAAGGCAGAGACUCUGAGCGCUGAUGUCAAAGACGGUGUUUACCGCAUCCUCUUCCGUCACGACCGUCUGGGUUACAACCAGAGCUGGCAGGAGAGCACUAUCCUUCCCGCGAUCGAAGGCGUUGACCGCGAGGGAUUUUCUCUGUCAGCUAAGCACUCUAUCGAAGACGAUUUCGAGGGCAGCAUUGACGAGGUCCGCGAUGAGAUCAACAAAAUGCUUGGUGCCGAGUUCACUCUCGACCCCAACUUCGAGGAGGUUUAUGCCGCCCUCAAGGCCAGCUCUCAACAGGACUGGCAAGCCAACAUCGGUCGCACUAUCCUUAAUUACUUCAACGGUCUCAAGUACCAGCUUGAGAGCCAGGGCUUCAAAGAUGACGACAUGCUCCAGGAAGGUCUCCAGGAGAUGGUCGAAACCAAGACUUUCCGUGUCCGUGUCCUCCCCAAAACCAACAGCACCACCGAGACCGUCAUCGAGGACGGUGUUGUUUACCUCCAGACUCGUCCCGACCGUUGGGGAUACAACGCCAACGACAUGGGCGAAGGUCUGAUUAAAUUGCUCUAA